CUGAGUUGAACUAUAGCUUUAUUCUGCACUUUGCGUACACUGCAUAGUGCACACACCAAGAUAUCAGAUUGUAGAGAAUGCCUGGAUUAGGAAUAAUAAUUAUUUUUCUAAACCUUGGUUUAAGCUUAGGUCUACAGUGCUAUACAUGUGAAGGGAAAAGUGGUCUUUGUAUGGAGGCAGCUGACCCCGGUAAUAUCGUUACUUGUCCUAAUAUUUACAGCCUGUUGGAGGAUUCGGUUAAAGUCGCAUACGAUUACAGGUGGAAAGCACUACCCGCCUUGAAGACGAAAAACAAUCUGGUUUCGUUGAUAGUUGGUUUGUUUAACUCAUCACUCCCACAAUCUUACUUUGAAGUACCUUUACGAGCUAAAGGAAGCCUGAUCAACUCAACCACCACCUCCCUCCAACUCCUCGAGAUGGUCAUGGAUAUCCUGAACACCAUGGUUAAAGAUGAACCCGAAAACGCCUGUAUUUACUUCACUAGACUAGGUCGAGAUAAACUCCCCCAAUAUUAUAGAAAAUGUGUUUACACAAACAAAUUGGCGCUCUCGGAUUGGUCCUGGGUUAAAGUUAAUCUGACACAGCAAAGCAAAGGACUACCUGAAAACUGUGGCGCCAGCUGUAAGAAAAGGUUUUGUGGAGAAAAUACUUGCAACGAUGAUGGACUUUUUAGAUGUAUAGAGUGUCAAGGACCUAAUUAUCUAUGCUCUGAGGACUAUCCAGGUGUACCAACAGCAUGUAAAGCAGAUCAGGAAUAUUGCAUAAAUGAAAUGUCAGGGGAUAGUUCUAACCGUAAGCUGUCUGCCCGAUAUUGUGGAACAGUUUAUGAUGCUGAUUCUGCUUGUGAAAGUGAAGGGACCAAUAUUGGUGUAGCUGCUAAGGGUCAGGUGACCUGUUGUAAGAACAGAGAGAAGGAGAAUUGUAAUGGUUCAAACUCAAUCCAAACUUCAUUCCUAACCAUCAUUCUUGCAAUUCUAAUAUUUGUCAAAUAAAUCAAGAAAAAAACCUGAGGCCGAAUUUAAAGAAUUUGAGCGGCGUCUUAAAUUUAAGCCG